GAUAGCACCAGCCAGCAAAGUUCCAAAACAAGUUUAAAGGUCAAAUACCUCUCCUCAAAUGUAUGGUAAAUAAAAAGUGGGUUAACGUAGCACAGUAUUUGUUUCAUAAACUCAAAGGAUUUGCGUGAGUUCUAAGUAUAUGUUAUUGUGCGAUUUAUUUUCAUAUUUGCGUUAAUAUUACUUUCGGUGGUGAUAUUGAUUUUGAUGUUGGAUUACAUAGUAACGUAACUGGUUUAUUCUUUUCUAAUAUUAUUCCUUUUUCAAACAAUAACCUUACACAAUCUCACAGUGCAACAAUAAAACGAAUACAGUAAAUAGAGUUUGAUAUAGAGAAGUAUAUAUGAAACUAUCAAAUUGGUUUUGAGUUACUAUUUGGUGGAUUCUUUGGGCGACUUAUAUGUAUUUAUUUAUUGCGUGAAACCGCCUAAUUGAUUUAUUGGCUAUAUGUAUUUGAUGAGAAUACAUGUCUAAGUUGGAAGCCAUUAAUUCUUUUUAUUUCAUGAAACCACGAACGGUUUGAUGACCCAAGCCUUGUACCGGUUCAGGUUAAUUAAUGGUGGAAAAGAAAGAAACAGCUUUCAUUAUAAUUUAUAAAAGUUCAAGAUUUGCCAAUAUAUUUCUAAUGGCUGCCAUUAGCACUCAAUCUGCCUCAUCUUCGUCAUCAAUUUCUUCUUCAACACCACAAUGGAAAUACGAUGUCUUUCUCAGCUUUAGAGGUGAGGACACACGCAAUAGAUUUACUGACCAUCUAUAUGUUGCCUUAAAACAAAAGGGCAUUCUCACCUUUAGAGACGAGGAAAAACUUGAGACGGGAAAAUCUAUUUCAUCAGAGCUUUUGAAAGCAAUAGAAAAAUCAAGGUUUGCAAUUGUCAUUCUUUCAAGAAACUAUGCAUCUUCUACAUGGUGUUUGGAUGAACUUGUAAAGAUCAUUAGGUGCAUGAAAGAGAUGAAGAUGACGGUUCUACCAAUUUUUUAUGAUGUGGAUCCAUCUACUAUACGAAAACAAAUGGGUACUUUUGCCCAAGCCUUUGCUAAACAUGAAGAAAAUUUCAAGGACUGCAUAGACAAGGUGCAAGCGUGGAGAACUGCUUUGAGAGAAGUAGCCAAUCUCAAAGGAUGGCAUGUACAAGAUAGGUAAUCCAAAUUGUCAUUU